AUGGCGCCGAGGUCGGAGGCCAGGAAUUGCAUGGUUGGGGACGGCGCGGCGACGUGGUUGAUUUGGUUUCAUGAUAACCUCAAAUUUGUCGAUGUCCAAGUCAUGGAGAAGUCAGUCUCGAAGAAAGAUGUUUAUCAGUUGUUCGCUGAGAAGGUUAGGGAUAACAAACAACUGGAAUCAAGAUGGGCAAUCAUGCAAGAAACCCGUGUGGAGUAUUUUCGUGGAAAAGAUUUCAAUACCUUCAUCAAGAAUCAUCCAGAAGUCAGGGAAAUUUUGGGGCCAGAUAAGGAUUUAGAAGUGGAAGACAUUGUUAGCACUUUGCUGACCAAGAACCUUGUGAUAAGGUUUUCUUAUGAUAAUUUGUUCCGCUCUAAUUAUCUUAACAUUUCUGCUUGCUACAAUUACUUUGAAAUACGGCACCAUGCUCCUGACGAAGCAGCUAGAGCCAGGUACCAAAAGAAGGUUUCUAACAUAAUUGAUGAUGUUCUUGAAUGGUCUCCGAAGUUAGCUAUUUCUGGAAUGAUUGAAAAACACACCGGGGCUAACAUUACAGAAGACAGCAAUUACACCAGCAGGGCUGCGAGUAGCCAUGUGCCUCCUUCCACCAAAGACAAAGCUUCAGAAGCCGGCCCAGAUAUGGAUGCUGAUGGGGAUACUGAGGCUAACUUAGAUGAAACCCAAGAUAAUGAAUAUGCUGACGAUACAAGAUCAAGCGAAGCUUAA